AGGAAAUGGACUCGGCCGACCCUCAACUCAAUCGAUUCCUCCAGCAACUGCAGGCGGAGACGCAGCGUCAAAAAUUCACCGAACAAGUGCACACGCUCACCGGUCGCUGCUGGGAUGUGUGCUUCGCCGACUACCGUCCGCCAAGCAAGAUGGACGGCAAGACUCAGACCUGUAUUCAGAACUGCGUAAACCGCAUGAUCGACGCCAGCAACUUCAUGGUCGAGCACUUGUCCAAGAUGAACGGAGGACACGUCUAAAAAUCGAUGAAAAUCCCCUUUUAACCUUCAAUUUUUCUUUGUUAACUGUUAUAACACAUACUGUUUAGGCUCUUUUCCAUAAAUUUUCCCUUAAAUUCGACGUUUUAAGCGCUGGAUCAUAUAAAAUAGUGAAGAAAUCUAUGUAAA